UUUUGCAGGAAAAUUCUUCCACUGAGUACUGAUGGCUGUCAAGGGACUAGUCUCGUCGAUCGUCAAGUUUCUGACAGACCAAUUGCAAGAUGGUGACAUAACUGCUGACUCGCGAGAGAGCUUAGAGGUGGCAAUUCAGUGUCUGGAGAGUGCUUACAAUGUGCAAGCCUCCGACGCUCCGGCAAACGUAAAUCUGUAUCAAAUUUACAAGAAUGUAGUGGAGAACGCCGCGCCAGUUCUAGGUCCAGACGCCACGCCGGAGGCAAAGGCUGAAGCGGAAAGAUUGAAAAAUGAAGGCAACGCACUCAUGAAACAAGAGAAGCAUCACGAAGCCCUUGCCAAUUAUACAAAGGCAAUAACAUUAGAUUCUCGCAAUGCAGUGUAUUAUUGUAAUAGAGCCGCCGUUCACAGCAAACUUGGCAACCACACCUUAGCCAUCAAAGACUGUAACACGGCGCUCUCUAUCGAUCCCUCGUACAGCAAGGCGUACGGUCGACUAGGUUUAGCGUAUUCUAGUUUGGAGAGGCAUAAAGAAGCCAAGGAGAGUUAUGAGAAGGCCUUAGCGAUGGAGCCGGAUAACGAAAGUUAUCGAAACAAUUUACAAUUAGCAGAGGAGAAAUUGGGCCAGUUAGGUGUCAAUCAAUCCCUGCCUAACUUGCCCGGCAUGGACUUGAGCACCCUUCUAAGCAAUCCCUCUCUAAUGAAUAUGGCGCGUCAAAUGUUAUCCGACCCGGCUAUGCAGAACAUGAUGUGUAAUCUCAUGUCCGGCAACGUGGAAGAAAGUGGUCGCAUGGAUUUACUGAUUGAAGCGGGCCAACAGUUGGCGCAGCAAAUGCAGAACACAAACCCCGAAUUGAUCGAAUCGCUGAGACGGCAAAUGGGCGGCAAUCCAAACGAUCCACCGGAACCACCGCAACAAAAUUAAAAACAUGGCUGGUUGUGUGACAGAUGGACAUGAACUUUGUGGACAUCAUAGCUGACUUUCUUUCUUACUCGUAGUUACACAGACCAGUUGUAUCAUUUUCUAAAACGCUACAAGGCGAGAAACUUACAGGCUUCAAUGAUAAUUCUAUCGUCAUAUCUAAAGCGACAAUGCGCGUACCAUAGAAUUCAUUUCAUAGAUUAGGACACUACGGACGUAAUAUCGGGCCUCUAUUCUCCACCCCCAUCUUCUCUUUGGCCAUUGUACAAUUUUUGAUAGCAUACGUGCAAAGAUUGAUACAACAAAAUGCCGCGAUGAUUUGAGUGACUAACAAUUGAGCGAUACCUAAUUCACCCCGGCAUCUCAUCCAGGGCAUUAUUUCUAUCGUGCGCUUAUUACAAAUGACAAAUGCGGAUUUGUAUAACGCAAUUGUUUAUUAUGUCUCGGAUGAACAACUUGAUUAUUCUAUUGACGCAAAAUAUACAGGGAUAUACCGAACGAGUCGCAAACCGUUUGAUAUUUUAUUCAUGUGUUCCACGCAUAUUGUACGAAAUAGAACAUUUUUGUCAACGUUUUAUAAACGUGUGAUCAUUAUAUGAUCAUUUAAAAACCUUUGACUAAUCAUAGACGGGAACUUUAGCACCAUCAAGUUUACAGUCUCGCGUUUCUCGAACAUGCGGGUACCUUAGCACAUUGCAUGUUUAAAACAAAAGCAACGUGCUAAUAUUAAUAAACUGUAAUAAAAAUCGCAUGAUUUCAUGAAGAGAGAUUCGGAUUUCUAUUUCAUUAUUUCGCCGUAUUUUUUCCAUCAUGAUUGGAAAAUUCUUCCAAUCGCGCUCUGAAAUAAUAGAUAAUUAAAAGAAAACCAAAGAAGUACAAAAAUCGAGGCAGCAAAUAAAAAGCUUCCGACAAACA